GAACAUUAAUUUUUAAGAAAACUUUAACGUCAAUGUCAAUACGUCGCUUGGUCGAUACGAAAAUAAAACAUUUUGUACAAAUUUAAUUUAUAAUAUUUACAAUGGCUACGGAUAUCAAAAAACCGAUAUAUGGUGAAUGUGCUAAUAAAUAUAGGCCGACCAUUGACUUGAAUUUGAAUCCAGAUAAAUUAAAAGAAAUAGGCUACAAUUUCCGAGUGCUACCCACAUUUGAGAAGAGCAUGUACGAGAGGGCGUUCAUGGAAUACUGCUCGUUCCAAAAGAAUCAAAGACUCAAAUGUAAGUGGGAGUCCUACGUGCUGAAUGUUGACGGGAAGGUGUUCGCGCCAUUUCAGUUCCCUGAUAUCAGGGAUUUACACAUCGACAAACAUUCCAUUCGAUACAUGCCUAGCGAGAAUCGUUUCCGAUAUAAUAAUCGAUUGACAUUAAGAGCUGGUCCUUACAUCGACGAGCGCGGACCGCUUCCCAUUCCGAACGAGAUGCUUUACAGUAGAGGGGGCGAAGGGAAAGUGUCUAAAAAGAGUGCUCAGAAACAAAAACAAAAACCGAAAAAAAGUCUAAAAACUGCAGAAAAGAAACGGGCAGUAAAGAAUAGUAAUGUUAAAUAGGGCUAGCGUUUACGUAUUUGCUAAAGGCGAUAGCAAUUGGCUUCAAUAUUGGGCCGAGUUUUAACAGCAAAUGUAUGAAUAUUAAUGCAAAUAAUAAACGCGAGUGUUUUGGCUUUGACACCAACUUCUAAGUCGUAAUGAAUCAUACAAUCUGCUGUCCUUAGAAAAGUUGAUAGCUAAUGCGCAUUAACACCAAUUAAUGUUUUAAGUAAAUUAAGAUAUUUAGCGCAAUUUUUAAGUUUCUGGCUCUCGCGUAACAUUAGUCCGAUUUUUCAGUAAACAAUUGCUUGGUUGGGAAUUUUAAACACUUCAUAACAUUUCUAUUGUUCAAAUAAAGUUCCAAAGAUAAUAUUCGGCCAUUGAUAAUAGUAAUAUAGUUUAUUUUCUAUCACUACUUUAAUUUUUGAUGCUAAGGUCAUUUUUAUUCAUAAAUUAUUUUAUUUAGG